AAGUAGGUAUUCGUAGUCAGUAGUCACUGUUCGAAGUAGUAUGAUUCAAUCAAGCAGACUCCGCGAAUCAUUUCGUGGCAUCUCAAUGGAGGAUUUAUCUACUAGCAAUCAGACCAAGGGGAGUGACCAACGGGGUGUGGUUCAUUUAGUAAUUGGCUCUUGGACGUGUGUGACACGAAAUGACUUGGAUUUUACUCAUGAAGGAGGAUGGCCGUUGAUAUCCAUGACAUUCAUGUUCAAUAACGAAACGGGAGAAUUCAUUUCCAGAGUCUUUCAUAGAAUAGUGGAAGUGGGACAGAUUGAGAAACGGAAAGACCUCUUAGCUAAUUGCCAGAAGUUUUUUGAGGGAAACUUUCCCUGUAUGGGCAGAACUUCCGUCAAAUCCGAAAAUUUUCCGUUUGGCCUUAAAUUUUCGCCUAACUGCGCCAAAGUAGUCCAUUUAGAUGAGAACCCCAGCUUCCUGGAAGGACUGGUUUGUGCUCAAUGUGAUGAUUCCAGAUUGCCCAUCCCGUUUGAGAUUGGAUCAACAGUUAAAACAGAACCUUUCAACGGAGGCCAAGCUACUUCCAAGAUUGUCAACGAGUUUCAAAUUGGUUCGGCUCUUGACAUCCUGACCGAAGCUGAAGAUCUUUUCGAAGUUGAAUUCGUUGUCGGAGAAGAGAACAAGAAUGAUGAAGAUACGUAUGGGAACGAUUUUGGAACCGGCUCAAGCUACCGAAGAUCUACAAGAUCAAGAAAAAGACCCGCCAAAUUGGCUUUCGAUGAGGGCCAAAGUGACAGAAGUGAUGAAUUCGAUGCUCCGGAAUAUUCUGAAAGUAAUCCCCUGGAACCUGCAACCAACUCCAAGUAUGUGGUUUUCACCUCCGACGGUACCAAGCAAGAGGUGCCAGAUCAUUCCUUUGAUCCCAAGAACUAUUACGUGGAUUGGAAUGGUCAAACGCUUAUAAUGGAAAUUAAUUAUGAUCGAGAGAAGACAUGGUGUUGCCCGAUUUGUUCGAUCCAUUUCCAAGGAAGAGCCAGGUUGACACACCUACAGACGCAUUUACUUUACCGUACCAAGUGCCAGAUAUGUGGCCUAGCUCAUAUUUGCUCCAAAAAUCUUUGGGACCACUUUCGAAUUUUACAUGAAGAUGCAGACAAAUGGCUAGUGAAAUGUGGAAUCUGCCACGAGAUCUUGGAUAUCAAAAGUUCUCGAGACUUUUUGGGAGACCAUUGGGCCGAAUGUAAGAACAAAAAACUCCAAAAUGGUGGCCGCAGCAGUCUCAAAGAAGUUCAAUAUCCUCAUGAACUGCUUCAUCCGCCGAGUUUUCUCGUCGAAUAUGAGACUAAAGUUUUCACUCUAAAAGGGCAGAUUCCCAAAAAGGAAGUGUGGACUUGUCCCAUGUGUUCAACUCAAGUUAAGGGAUAUGAAAGAACACGUCACUUGAAGUGGCAUGGAAAAUUCCGCGUCCGAUGUGAGAUCUGCUUUUUGAACCACUUUUGUCCUCUCAAACUGUGGGAUCAUUAUACAAAGUCCCAUUCGGACAAGGAGGUUUGGAAGGGAAGGUGUGCAAAAUGUACAAACAUGGUCGACUUAAGACAAUCCAGAGACGCCUUGCAAACUCAUUAUUUGAGUUGUGAAAACUUGGUCCAACAUCCACUGAAGAUCAUGGAUUCAUCCACCUCCAAGCGAGCAGGAAACCAAGUCAAAACCAUUCGAGGAAACACGCCAAAACAUCUCUUUCAGCCAUCACACUUUGUCGUUGAGUGGGAGGGCAAGGAACUCACCAUUGAAGGUUACGUUGGCACCUCCGAGCCAUGGACGUGUCCCAUUUGUUCCUUGACGAUGCCUGGCAAACAAAGAAUGUCCCAUCUAAAAAUCCACUUCUUCUUCCGCGUUGGUUGCGAAAUCUGCCGGAUGUUCCACUUGUGUCCCAGGAAACUGUGGGACCACCAUCAAGAUCAACACAACGAAAAAGAUAACUGGUUGGUUUUAUGUGCGAUAUGCACGGAGAAGAUUGAUAUCAAACCGUCCAGGGACACUUUGCGUGAACAUCUACUUGAAUGCUUGAACUCUCCAAUUGGGAAAAGAGCAGCGCCUACUGAAAUAACCAUGCAAACCAAUGCAACUCCGGCUGACAAGCUCAUCUUGUCAGCGCCUCAAGGGCCCGCUAUGAAGAAAUCUUUCGAAAUGGAAUGGCUUGGAAAAACAAUCGUUGUGUCCGAGCAGGGCUCCGACUCAUCUUGGACUUGUCCCCUGUGUGAAAUUGUGGUAAAGAAUCGCAUCAGUCAUCUACAAAAUAAGCAUUACCUGCACCAAAUUCCUUGUGGGAUCUGUGGAUUGUAUCACAUGUGCCCGUACAAGCUCUGGGAUCAUAUCCAAGAACGUCAUGCUGCAAGCGAGAAGUGGCCUGUCAAAUGUCCCAUUUGUAAGGAGAUCUUAGAUAUCAAGGAAUCGCGGGACGCUUGCCGGGAUCAUUUGAUCGCUUGUGUUUUGGAACGGAAGAACGGAAAAAGGAGGAGGAAAAUAGUGAAGCCCCGACCGAUCAGAGUGUGUGAAACAUGCGGAAAGACAUUUCGGAAGCGGUACACAUUGCACAAACAUAUCAUGAAAGACCAUCAGAAUGUGAAGCCCAAAUGCCCUGUGUGCUUGGUAGAGAUGAGCUUUUGCCAACUGGAAAGUCACAUGAGAAUCGCCCAUCAAGCCACUAGAUUCGUUUGUCCCAUGUGUUUCAAACGCGAGAAAUUUGCCAAUGUGUUUUGGGAACACAUUCGGGACAACCAUUUGGAGCGGAUCAAGCAAAUCCCAUGUCCAGUGUGCAAGGAAGAUUUCCCCAUCAACCUCGAGGAUGGACCCAAGUUUGUGGCUCAUCAUGAAGAGUGCCAUCGUCAGCACCUGAACAAACUCAAAGAGGGCGAAAAGGAGAGGAUGAAGGCCAGACCUCGGAAGUUUCCCUGCUCAAUUUGUCCCAAGCGGUUCCAGGUGCAAUAUUUGCUCAAUGCUCACAUGAAAACUCACAAGGAGAUCCGGCAAUUCUGCCACUUGUGUAAAUAUCGCACACAUUCCUCGGCGUAUUUGAGAGCUCAUCUGAACGAUGUUCAUGGAGACCCCUCAAAUGGCGUCAAGUGUGAGUACUGUGAUGAAAAAUUUAUGACCCACGCCUCUUUGGAGGGUCAUCUGGACUCUUCCCAUGGUAUAAAGGCCGAGCACGAAUGUGAUAAAUGCCCUUUAAAGCUGCCCAGCAAACUUCUAUUGAAAAAGCACAAACGAACUUGUCACUCUGACUCUGAAAUCCAAUCUGACUGCGAUUUUGAUGCCCCCUCAGAGCAAGACCCUAAUCAUGGGGAUAAGCCCGGCCCCUAUAAGUGUUCUGUUUGUGACGACGACUUCAGCGAGAAGAAUCAAUUACUGGUGCACUUGAACACACUUCAUGGUUACAGUAUUCCCGUAGAACGUCAAACCUCUGCGUCUCACAAUGAAUUACCUCGAAACCAAUAUAUCGAUCUCGUUCAAGAUCAACCCAAUGACGGACCAAUAACAUCUGGAACAUCUCUUGUGAACCCGAACAUUUCUUACUCGAUUCAAGGCGUGUCUGAGGGCUUGUCCAAUCAGACCAUUGUUGUCACAAUGGAAGAUCCGCACACCUUUCAAAUAAGCAUGUAGACGCCUGAUGUAACAUUGAGUUGGUAUCUAUUUUCGACAAUAAACGUUUUCGGCAGCUUG